AUGCUUCAAUUUCUGGAAAGUGGUGGUCGUAUGGAGCGUCCUGAUAAUUGUCCUGAAAACUUUUAUGUCAUCACGACUUAUAGCUAUGAAGUUAUGUGUGAAUGCUGGACUCGCGAUCCUGAGGAGAGACCCGAUUUCCUAACAGUUCGUCAGAAACUGGCCGCUCAACUUGAGGAGAUCACGGAAGAGUAUAGUUAUUUAACACUGGAUGCACAAAAGGACUACUAUAAUGUGCAAUAUGGGGAUCAGAAACGAGAUUCAGGCGCUGCCAGCCUUACGAAGGGAGAAGACAAUAUUGCAUAUAAAGAUGAUGCGUUGUAG